AUGACGGGAGAUUCCAAAAUACAGGUUUCAAUGGAAUUUGGCACGAAGCUGACUCCAUCUCUUGAGAAACCGGCUGUUGAUAUGACUCUUUAUCGUCAGAUGAUAGGAUCUCUAAUGUAUUUAACAGCUAGUAGACCGGACAUAAUGUUCUAUGUCUGCUAUUGUGCAAGGUUUCACGAAAAUCCAAGAGAACCUCAUAUGGUUGCAGUGAAAAAUAUCUUUUGGUAUUUGAAGCAAACUUCGUCUCUUGGUCUUUGGUAUCCUGCGAAAUCUGUCUUCUUUGUUCAAGCAUUUUCUGAUGCUGAUCUUGGUGGAUGUGGAUUGGACCAAAAGAUCAUAACCGGUGGAUGCCAGUUCCUUGAUGGAAAACUUUCCAGCUGA